AUGGAAGUUAUUAUUAUUACAGAAUUUGCAUGCUUUACGGAUGCUUCAGCAUAUACUGGAGUUUUAGAAUAUGAAGAAUUUAAAGGCAUUAGAAAUACACUUGUAAUAGCAACAAUUAUACUUGGAUGUAUUCAUUUGAAUUUCGAACUUCGCCAGAUAUAUUAUAAUCCUACUAAAUGGUCUAUUGAUCCCUGGAAUUAUUUUGAUUUGGGAGCAGCAUUCGAAUUAUUUGGUGUUUAUUUUGCAAUUGUCGUUAAUGUUGCGAAGAAGACAUCUUCCUUUUUGGUUAUUUUAUUUAUUGUACUUUUGAGUUUUGCUCAUGCCUUUUGGAUUCUUUUAAAACUGAGAAAAGAAUAUGAUUUAGAUACACCACCAACUGACUAUGAAGAUCCCAAUAAUCCUUGGCUAUUAACUGGUACAUCUAUUUCAAUAUUAGACGAUGGAACCAUUGAAAGAAGUUUUGAAAAACCUGAUAAGAAUACAAACAUGUUUUCUUAUUUCAGGAUAUUACAAGUUACCAUACCAAUGAUGUUAGUCUCUUUAAUUAUUUCUGUGUACCUUAUGAAUUUGUUGAUUGGUUUACUCAGUAAUGCUAUUGAUGAAGAUAAUAGAGCUUCGUUUCUUAUGCAAAAGGCGAAGAUUUUGGCAGAAAUCGAAUUAUUUUACUUAUUUCCAAAUCAGAGACGUUGGAAAACCUGGUUUCCUGACGUGAU